AUGAAAGAUCGGCAAUCCGCACCAGGAGAUGGUAUUAGAUCUCUAAAAACUUCCAGAGUGUUUCGGAUCAUCAACUUUGAGCUUUACUCGAAACCGAAUAAAGUCAUCAUGGCAUUAGGACUUGUGUCAAUAUCAUUCACAUUUGGAUAUCUAGUGUACAUGAGACACCAAUAUGAAAAAAUGGGAUAUUAUCCAGCUGUUGCAGAAGAUGGCCGCCAUGAAGUAUACAAACAAAGACAAUCCAAAUGGGAUUGA